UCGUGAAAGUAGUACACAAAAAUCUUGGAUACUGCUCAAGAUCUUGGAAUCCUGGUCUAGUCUAUCAUGUUCUUGUAUCUACCACUGUUUCGUCAGUCAAGACUGAACGAAAAAGUUUGUGAAAUGUGAAGUGGGGGUCCUGAUUUGAGUGUGUGAACUGGCUUACUCUUCUGAGAAGUGUGGAGAAAGUUCUGUUGCCACCAUUGUUCGUUGUUGUGUUACUGUUUAAACCAGGGCAUUGCUACUGACAGUUGUCUACUAUCUCAGUUGUGGUCGAAGUCACACAUGUCCUAUAGAAUUGGGUAGUAGUGGCAUUUCCUUUUAAUGGUUAUGUCGCCAUGGCACGAUUGUGAGGAUCUCGUUUGGAACAACUGUAAAGUGAAGGUGUGCUCUUGUGCGCAUGCUACCCAUACAACGUAUAUUGUUGUAAAUAUUAAAUUUUAUCCAAAUCCGGCGGCGAUAAGUAGGUCACGGGCAGACGCGUAAAGAACGCCUGCGCAUGGUGUUGACCGAUCGAUUGACCGACCGCGCGCGUCGGGCCGGCUAGCAGCUCGGUCUCAGUGCGGUCCUGGUCUUGGUGCUAUCUGGACCACCUGCUAUUGCUGCUGCUGCAGCUGCAGAUGAGUGUCCUGAUAGUGACGACGACGUGAUCACAGACUACCUGGUGCAGUGUGAAGGGACAGGGCCCCCCAUGGCAAACAAGCAUGGGGGCCCUGGGCCCCUGGUCCCCACCAUCAGUGUUACACCACAUUCACCUGGUGCCAAACACUACCCAGUUCUUGAGGACAAUCUUCAGCAGUUGCAUGAGAUCCAUGAGAGCAUCCAGCACAUGCGUGACCAAACAAUGGCACAAGCCCUGAACAGUCAGGUGUUGGGGCUGGCACAAUGUGCCAGGCUGAGUGCUUCGUGUCCUUCUCUGAACAAUGAGGUUGGGUCAGAUCCUGACCUGGCAUCAGUCAACUCAUCACCUAUUCACUCUAUAGCUCUAGAGAACUUUGUGUCUCCAGCAUAUCUUGGAAAAGGGAAUUCCAAGAAAUGGCUUGUCAGCCGAGCAGAUGGUGAUGUGCAGCGACGUAGGAGUUGGACAGCCCUAGAGGAUCUCAGCAGCAGUGGAGACAAGAGGAAGUCAGACAGACAGCGGAGCAUGAGCUUAAGCAGCCUGGACUCAGAGCAGGAUGAUCCAUUCUUGGAUCAGGUGGACAGUGCAGGCAGCACUAGACUGCUGGUGAUGGACUCUGCCUUGAUGAUGGGGCCGGCCGGAGGUCGACGUGCCACCCGGGGCACGGGCGGCGCUUCAACUCAUUCACUGAAUGAGGCAGACCUGCAGAAUGACUUCAACAAGAUUGUUGCAAAGAGAGAGGCAGAGAGCCUGAGGCUGUUGCCAGCAAGACUUCCCCUGCAGAAGUCAGUGUCAACGCCUUCUAUAAUAGCAGUGCAGGACGCUGCAGGUGACAGUACCACUCCCAUCAUCCCCCCCUGUCAGCGGCCCAGUGGAACAGAAAGCGAGACAGAAGAGGAGGUAUUGGCAGCGGUUCCACCAAAUGUCCAGCUCUCUCUGGAUGAGUUUCUCAAAGAGGUUGCAUAUGAGCGGGAUCCAGGCAAGAGGCGGAAACGGGGCAGCAUUUUCUUUAGGAAGAAAAAGGACAAGGUAAAGAAGGUUCCUCACCAGUGGGUCUCCGCGUGCUACGGGUCGGCUCAUGCUUGUGACUGGUGCUCAAAGCCUCUCACCAACAAACCAGCACUUUAUUGUGAAAACUGUGCAACGACAGUGCAUCAGAACUCCUGCAAGGACCACAUCAUGGACUGUAAUAAACCAAAGUUAUCAAAGAAUGCACCCAGAGGCAAUGUGUUCCCAGUUGCCAUAGCCACUACAAAGCAGACGUCUGCCAAGAGGGGGUCUGCAUCUCAACCAUGCCAUGUGCACAGCGGCAACAGCAGCAGUCAGAUCAUCAGCGAAGAGAAGGAGGGAGAUGGUUCACCCCACGAAGGGACAAAUUUCUCUGAUGAAGGAUCACAGGACAAAUUUGAGUUUCUAGCAGAAGAUCCCAUAACUGCAAAUGACUUGGAGACCGAUCCUUCCCUUGGCUUGCAGGUUGAGGAGCCAGACUCGUGGACCCCAACAGUUGGAAAGGAGGUGGUCAAGAAACUCAAAGAAAAGGAAAUAAAACGUCAGGAACACAUUUACGAGUUCAUCUUGACAGAAAAACACCAUUGUCUCACACUCAGUGUCAUGCAGAAGGUAUUUGUAGAAGGUCUGCAGAAGCACUUCCAGCUAGGCAAGGACUUGGAGAGGAUGUUUCCUCGCCUGACAGACCUGACGGAGAUUCACUUGAGCUUCCUUCAACGUCUGCGUCAGCGACAGAGGUUGGCGCCUGUGGUGGACACACUUAGCGAUGUCCUGCUGGAACAGUUCUCUGGCUGUGGUGCCCAGAAACUCAAGUCGGCAUAUGGAGAAUUCUGCAGCCGGCACAGGGAUGCUGUGGAUAUCUACAAGAGUUACCUGCAUGACCAGCGGUUCUCAGAGUUUAUGAGGCACUGCCAGGCAAACCCACUGCUCAAGAAGAAGGGGAUCCCUGAGUGCAUUCUGUUUGUGACACAGCGCCUCACCAAGUACCCACUGCUCAUUGAACCUCUCAUCAAAACCUCAAAAGACAAUAAGCUGGAGCAGGAAAGGCUCAGCAGGGCCUUAGCACUUGUCAAGGAAAUUCUGGUUGAGGUGGACACCCAAGUGGCAGAGAAGGAGAAGGAGGACAGGAAACUCGAGAUCUACAACAGAAUAGAGGCCAAGUCCUUCACAGUUCACCGUGGGCACAAGUUCAAGAAGUCUGACAUUUUGUCCAAGAAUAGGAGGUUAAGGUUUGAAGGUGUGGCAAUGCUGAUGCAGGGUCGCGGGAAGAUGCAGCUUGUGUUGGUGAUUGUGCUCUCUGAUGUCCUCUUCUUUCUGCUGGAAAAUAACCACAAAUACUCAUUCUUCACGCCAGACAAUAAGGCAGGCGUGGUGUCGCUGCAGAAGCUCCUCGUACGGGAGAAGGCUGGACAGGAGUCGCGGGGUAUUUACCUCAUUUCUUCCAGUCCUGCUGAUCCUGAGAUGUUUGAACUCAAAGUCCACAAACCAAAGGACAAACAAGUGUGGAUACGUGCUAUCAGGUCAGCAGUGCAGACAUGUCAAGAAGAUGAAGAUGAUGCCAUAGUACUUAGUUCUGAAGAGAGACAGAGGCUUCUGGAAGCAAAGCGGGCGCAGAUACGACAGAUUGUUGGCAGCGGUUUUGGAUUUGAAGGGAUCCUGCGUCAGAAGGACCUGGAGCAGGCCCAGAUCCUAGAGGAGAAGAUGGCCCUGCAGCAGAAGCUCCUUGCAGCCGCAGGAGUGGAGAAUGUGUUUGAGUCUCCUAACUACUGCAACCUGGUGACAGAGGACUCUGACAGCUCGGCCAUGUGGCAGGAAGUGCUGUCCGCAGUCCAGGAGGUGAACAACUUGGCAAGCUCGCUCUAUGCUCCAGGAACAAAUCUGUCUCGUAGUGUGAGUUCUGUUGGAGAACAUCAGAGUCAAGCCUACAUUUCACCAACGCUCCCAAAACGUGCAGAGACAUUUGGGGGUUUUGACAAUGCUAAUAAAGACCAGUUACCAGUAGGUGGGGUGAAAGGUGUCUUGAAGAAACACCACCCAAAAGACAACCGUGAUCAGCCUCACUGUUCCGCUUCAACAGUGCCAGAUUCUGAGUCAAAUCUUGGGAACAAAGGAGAAAUUCAGUCUCUGAAACUACCUCUGGACCACUUGCCAUGGCGCAGUGCCAUGAUUUCCACCAUUCCUCCAGGGGUGCUGACUUCAAACCUUUGUGACACAUCAUGUGAGUUGCCAGCAUUGCUGAUGCUGGGCGAGGAGCAGCAGCUGGCCGCAGUGCAGCUCUCGCACUAUGUCUACAAGUUGCUUUCCAUAAUCUCACAACAGAUGACCUCAGUACACAGUCUGCAGGCUCAGCUGUCUGCAUAUAAAUCCCAGCUGACACAGGAGGACGGGCGUGAACGUCGUCCUGUGUAUAGGCACAACCAGCAACUGGAGGAGUUACGUAACCUGCAGGACAGACUCACUCAGGAGAAGGAGGCAUGGCAGCGAGAGAAAGAUUUUGAAGAGAAGUACAUAGAGGAGAAGAAGGCAGAGCUACAGAGGCUGCAGGAACAGAUACGAGCAGAACAAAAUGACAUCACCCAGCAGCGGGAGCAGCUGUAUCGCAAGCUGGAAAUGCUGACAAGUCAGGGUAUCCUGAUCAGCCCCAAUCUUCCCAUGGUGACUGGAGUGCUGCCUCAUGAGGAAAGCCUCAGCAGUCAAGGUAUCCACAUUAGUCAGAGCACAGAUGAUUCAAGCCCUAGUACUGGAGGUGAAUCUACAGUCUCUUCUCCCACCACUACUGUGGAUCCUCGGCGUAAGUCAGAAUCCAAGUGGAAGAGUGGACCCAGCAAGUCCACGUUGCCACUGAAUCUUAUUAGUGCCACCAACCAGCAGAAAGUGGCCCCAAAUGUGCAGGUUAAACAGCAGCUGCCCCUCAAGCUAGCCACUAAACUUGGCUCAUCUGUGACUGGAGGAGUGCAACAGAUGCUUCCCCUCAAGUUGAGUCAGGGAUCUGAUGCCCGUCGGAGCAGUGGUUCAACAAGCACUGGUUAUCAGAGACUUGGCUCUGGCAGCUUUGCCACUCCCAGUCACGUGCGGACUGGCAGCAGCCCUGCCAUGAUGCAGAACUCUGACGCUGGUCCAAGCAGUACUGAGGGUGCUGCUCGUACCAACACGUACCCCAAAGUACCAGACCGAUCGCGAGUCCACAGCCCUGAUUCACAUUCCCAGUCACCCACAGGCCCUGCUCCCCGGGCCCCCGAAGAGGAGGUGAUCUUCUUCUGAUGCAGCACGUGGAUACUGCACUUUAUCUGUUACUUCCACAGGCCUUAUUGGUGUGGACUUGUUACACGGUUGUUGGCAGUAUUUCCUUUUUGUACUGUACUGUUACAUUCUGUACAUAUUUACAAGUUGUCAUUCCCUCCGUGUUAAGGAAAAAAUGUUUUUAUAUAUCAUUUUUUCAAUUUUUUUCAUUUUGUUUGUAACUUUAUUGUGCAUUUCUUAAAGUACAAUGAGUAACUUUCUAUUACAUUGUACUUAAUUUUAAAUUGUUAUAUAGUGUCUUCCUAUAUAAAGUACCUAGUUCAAAGUGAAUUUCUCUCAAUCAUUGUGACAAUAUUAGCGAUGCUGCAUGGCAGUGAGUUAGUAAUUCUUUUCAAUGUACUUGGUAGUAAGGAAGGGGGAGGUGUUUACACUUAAUUUACUAAUGGCCUACUGUGAAUGUCUUUCCAAUUCUGUAGGUAAAAAGUAUUUUUGUAAGAUUUCUAAUUAUUCUUUGAUUGCUAUAAAUACCUAAUUAACUCUGGGCAACAAUAAGUUGGGCUCCUGCUGUUCUGGGAUAUGUGCGCUUCUUGUUGCUCUUUCCUGUCUUAUCUGGUUGCAUGUGAAACUGGACUGAAGCUUCACCAACCUGGUGAACAAUUUGGCCAAUGGCCUCAUCGUCUUGCAACAUUCCUUUUCCCAUAUACUUUGUGGUUUAACGUUUUCUUCAGGGUGUAAUUCUGUUCCAUCCUUUCCACAUGCUCCUAUAUUUUUAAAUUCACUCUUAAUAUUUAAUACCUUAACUUCAUUGUUGACACUUGCUACCAGUCUGUUUUCUGUUAUUGUCUGAACUUCUGAUUCAUCCCAAAAAUAGUUUUGCUCCUGGAGAGGCAUGAUAUGCAUUGCACUGCCCUUGUUUUAUCUGUAGACAUUGAAGUGUCAGGUGAUGAUAUUUUAUUGUGAUGCUGAUGGCAGCCCUAUUGCUAAUGUAUGAUUAAAUUAUUUUACAGAGGAAUGAAUGAGGAGUUCUUAAGUUUCUCCCACUGAAUAUAUUUUCUGGAUACAGGUUUGUGUUUCGAGUGUGAGGGGAUGUGUAGAAAGAAUGUAUUUAUGUUGGAUGUGAAAUGAUUCAUUUCAGUUGAUUUACCUUAGGGGCAUAGAUAUUGUAAGAGCUCUCUCCAUAUCACAGAAUUCCACUUGUUCGUGUAUAUUAUUGUGCAAGUACAGCCAAUGUAAUCGAGGAUUACCCAGACCAGUAGCCAUUUCACCCUUGUCAGUUACCUAGGUGCCUUAUGUUUGUCAUGUGACAGAAGGAUUCAUGAUGAAGUGUAAUACUUUUUUCUUCUUCUCCUUCUUGGCAGAACUCAAUGGCCUGGUUCCUUUCCAGAAACUUCCAUCCCGCUCUGCGAGAUUUGACUUGAUGCAGGAAAGAAGGAUGAAAUUUGGUUGUAUACACUAAGGUAUUUCCUGAUGUGCCCUUAUAGUGAGAGAGUUGUGUUUUCCAUGAAGGAAAGAACUGGCACUGCAUCAGGGUUCCAUGGAUAAACUGAGGGUACCACGCAGAGGAAAUUGAGUUUUAUUCUAUUCAAUAGGCUGUGUUCUGCUCUCUCAUUCACCAUAUAGUUUGCUAAGGAGUGUAAGCACACUUCGGUUUCUGCUGCUUCUACAUUUUUUCAUGUAGUAACAAAACAGCCUACUUGUACCAUUUUCAGUGGGGCAUAUUACAUUUUCUGAUACUGAUAUUGGAAUGUUUGUGUUGCAACAAGGAAUAGCUAAAAAUUCCCAACAGAUAAAUCAACCCAAUAGAUGUCUCUUGAAAGAUGGAUACAUGACCGUAAUAUCUUACUGCUGUACUCGUAAAUCCUAUCAGUAUACAUCUUAAAAUCUGACAUUAAUUUAUAAAGUACGCAGUAUUCCAUUGGUGUGCCCACUGCAUAAGUCUGAAGUGAAGAUGGUAGGCUCUUGUCGUCUACCUACAGAAGUGCUUUGUGUCACUAAAUUCUGAAAGCGGCUUUGUAUUGUGAUGUGCGGGUUUCCACUUUUCCUUCAGAACUAUGACAGGAUUCCAUCCUCACCGUAAUGAUCACUCGACAUUUUCGCAUUCUUUUCCCCUUAUCCUGAUAAUAGCCUUUCUCCAUAAGCUUCUAUACAUAUUUCCUCUUUCUCUGUCUUGCACACACUCAGUUUCUGCUUUUCAACAGGAGAAGUAUUUUGCCUGUCUGAAGGAAAGUUUCAUAUUGUGACUUUGACAUAUAACUUUCCAUGUGGUACAUUGGAAUAGCAGGAUGUACAGAAACAGGUAACAGUUUGGUUUCAUGAGAUGUGCGCAAUCCUGCGUGUCUCACGUAGACUUCUUCCUCCUGCCCCAGAAUAUCUGAAGUCUGGUUUGAAUUGUUUCAUACCACAGUAAUGUUUGCCCUUCAAUGUAGAUCCUGUGGAUGAGCAUGCUUACGCAGGUCCUGUACCCCCUAUAGCUUGGAUGUUGUCGUACGUGUGGAACAUCUCAUGAAACAGAUGUUUUAACAAAUUGUAACUACAGCCAGAAGUAUGGCAAGGCAUGUACUCAACUGUGUUCCCACCAGUAAAUGUAUCCUGCAUCUUAAUCUGGACAUCUUUUGAUUAUGUAGAGAGCAUAUAAAGAAUAAUUGUAAUUUGAAAUUUAAUAUCUUAUAGAAAUUAGGUAAGGGCCAUUCUCUGUUCAGUAGUUUGCAGUCUCCUCUACAACAUUUUAUAGUUGAAGAGAAUAUGUUUCUUUCCCAAAUACAGUGCAUGUUGACUAGACAGACUGUUUAAGCUGAUGGUCUAUAAUAGGUGUAGCUGGAUUCGUUACCUUCAAGACACAUUAUUGCUCUAGAAUAGACAACAUCCAAGUUAUACGUUACUGGUUCGCAAGUAAUGAAAAUAACACUUUGGCCAAUUGAGGCAAUAACUUGUGUUCUCUGUAAUAAAGACUGUUCAAUUCAUUACAAAGUUACCAGGCUAUUUCAUCUGAAGUUGUUACACUUCAUAGUCAGGGAAGUGUUCUUACUUGUGUAUAGUGACUUGUAAAUAAACACACAAAUUUAAUGAUUAUGUGUGUUUAACCAUGGGAAAACUUCCAGAAACUGUUUCCAUUAUAUCUCAGAUUUACCCAUGUAUAUAUGUGAUCAGAUGAUGGCAUCUUAAAUUAUUUACAUGUCAAACAUCACACUUUGGUUCAUGAUUAUGUAUGCGUCUCAAUGCUUCUAUUGUCAGUUCAUAUUUCCAUCUCAUAUUUGCAUUGAGCAAUUCAAUAUUUAGAUUUUUGCACUUGAUAUUGCAAAACGCAUGUAUGUGCACUCACUGAGAUUCCAACACAUGCCACACUUUGGGAUUUUUUGUUUGUGUCAGCAUUGAUGUCGCUUUGCAUGUACGUUGAAUUUCAGAUCAUAAUUUUAUUGAGAAGUGCCUUAAAAUGUGUGACAGACGGAUACUUAUGAUGUUUUAAGUUUCAUUGCAAUGUGUGUACCACUUGCCUGGUAUCUGGGUCACAUGUACUGUAUGGGAUCUCUAUCACUAAUAAUCAUCCCAGCUCUCGUUGUACUUUGCAACUUCUGUGGUUGAUAAGGCAUCACUUAUCCUGUAUAGUGUGUAGCCACAGUCUAAAACAAAAGAAUAUGUGAUUAAUAGUUCCCGAAACUCAGGAGUACUGUAUGUAAUCAUUUGAACUCCAAAUACAAUUCAUUGUUGUGAA